AUGGAUGAUGUUUACGAUGUGUUUGGCACAUUGGAAGAACUUGAGAUCUUGACAGAUUUCGUAGACAGGUGGGACAUAUCUGAAAUAGGAAGGCUUCCACCGGCAAUAAGAACAUGUUACUUGGCCAUGUACGACAUCAGCAAUGAUAUCAACCAGUGGACCAUUAAAGAGCGAGGUUUUAGCGUCAUUCCUUACAUCCACAAGAUGUGGGCGGACCAAACUAAAGCAUUGUUGAAGGAGGCAAAAUGGUACCAUGCCAGACACAAGCCGAGGUUGCAGGAAUAUCUCAAAACUUCGGUUACUUCUAUAGGAGGACUUCUGAUGAUGUUGUGUUGCUACUUACUGACCACUAACAAGAUCACGAAGGAAGCCCUGGAUUUCAUCUCUGAGUACCCGAGUAUCAUGUUCUGCUCCACCGCAGUCGUUCGACUCAACAAUGACCUUGCCACCUCCUCGGAUGAGAUGGAACGGGGGGAUAACUACAAGUCGAUACAGUGCUACAUGAAUGAGAGCGCGGCCUGUGAAGAAGCUGCAAGGCAGCACGUCAAGGGUCUGGUGUGGGAAAUGUGGAAGAACAUGAACAGAGAUGUCUGCAAGAGUUACCCGAUCACGGGGCCUUUCCUUAAUGCCUGCCUGAAUCUCGCUCGAGCGGCUCAGUGCUUUUACCAAUAUGGGGACGGGCAUGGGGUUCCUGGCGGCAAAACGAAGAACACCUGA